CUGUAGAGCCUUAUAGAUAAUUCAACAGACUCGCUUCGGGAAUCUGAUAUGGAGUUCUGCGAUUUCUUCAUGCUGUCACAUCAUUUUAACCAACAUUUUUAUAUUCGAUGAACAUCAGUCAUCGAAAUCUUUUGAAAAAUAAACCAUAAUUCGACACUUCUUAGCCGCCAUCUUUGCUGUGAACAUCCUUCAAACGCAAUGCUAACAUAAUUUCAAGGGCAUUUAAAAUUUCUUGUUUAGUUACAAUGACAAAGUUGGUGCAAAAAUUUUAUAAUCCAUUUUUCCACUAAAAAAAUUUGUCAUACCUUUAACAUAAACAUUGUUCCUACCACUUACAGUUUCAGGGCUUCAAAAAACAAACAUCUGAUGAAAUUAAAACAGCUGAUGUAUUGGCACCAGGUUUGAAUGGGUUUUGAUAAAGAUUGAUAACGUAAUCUUUUAUUUUUAUUUUAUUUUAUUUUAACAGUUAGUCUGCCUUCGCCGUUCGAAGGCGGUAGCUCGUUUAGGUUUUAAUAUUUCCUCCCCCCAAUAACUUAAACAUUUUGAUUUAUGAUCAUAAUUUUUACAUCGAAUUUUAAUUAUUUUUUAGUUACCUUUAUAAGACAUCUAGUUUGUUAUAAUUUCUUCCAACAUUAACAUCAAAUUAUGCAUAUUUUAACUUCUAGUGCUUGUAGAAGGCUAUCUGUUUUGAAUAAUAUUCUGAAAAAAAGAAAUUUUCUUCUAAAUGACUCUGAGAAGAUUUCUCUAUAUUAUUGCAGUUCACAUUGUGCUGAAAAACCCAAAUCAAAACUUGAUAAGGAUGGUGAAACUUCUGUUACCAUUGGGGAUGUAAAGAAAGUGCUUGUUCCUCCUAAAAACCCUCAUUUUGUACCAUUAAAUUAUUUACCAAAAGAUUUGGAUCAAGACACACUACACCAUUUGCGAUGGAUGUUACAAAAAGACAAAUUACGACAAGAUAUUUUUCUUGUUGGGCGACCAGGACCGCUAAAGAGGAGGCUUGCAAUGCAGUUUUUAGAAGUCACGGGACGUGAAUUGGAAUUUGUUUCUUUAUCAAGAGAUACUACUGAAGCUGAUCUUAAACAGAGAAGAGAAAUCUUGGCUGCUACUGCAAAGUAUAUUGACCAGAGUGCAGUAAAAGCAGCUAUAGAAGGUAGAGUUCUCAUUUUAGAAGGUAUUGAGAAGGCUGAACGGAAUGUAUUACCAGUUCUUAAUAAUUUGCUUGAAAACAGGGAGAUGAACCUUGAAGAUGGGAGACUGUUGAUUCCAGCUGAAAGAUAUGAUAAACUACUCAAGGAGCAUAGUAAUGAUGAACUCUCAAAAUGGAAGCUUGUUCGUGUUAGUGAUGACUUCCGUGUAAUAGCACUUGGUUUACCUGUGCCCGGCUAUCAAGGAAACCCCUUGGAUCCACCUCUAAGGUCGAGAUUUCAGGCGAGAGAUGUGCCUAUUCCUCUGUAUCAGGAUAUGUUAAGAUACCUGAGUUCUGAAUGCAAGGAUGUCGAUGAAAAAAAGUUAAGCAAUCUUUUGUCCUGUGCCUAUUCGUUACUGUCACCAGAAGCAGCCAAUCUUGGAUUACCUGACUUUCCUCUUGGUAAUUUAGAAUCUGCUGUGAAAAUCAUGGAAAAGUUUCCAUGGUUAUCAGUGAGGAGUAUCCUAAAGAGACUUUACCCAGUCGAAAGCAUGUUGAAAAAGGAAGGAAUCGCUAGUGUUGAGAAUAUUCUUGAAACUUUCCAUGUCGGUUCACUCACUACAGGAACACAGCUCACUGCUGUCCAGAGAAUCUCUCCGCAUACUGCUACAGCAACCUUGUUAUACAAUAAUUCUGAAACUACUGUACCGGUUUCCUGUGGCCCGAAUGAAAUGAAACGUGACAUUGAUAACUUUGUCAAUACUUAUUAUCAUGAAGAUCUGCUAUCAGAAAUGAUACAGAGUCAUUCUGUCGGAGACUUUUGCAUCAUUGGACCCAGAGGUUGUGGAAAAUCCCUGGUAGUUUCCAGAUUUGCCUCUUCUCUUGGAUACACUAUCGAACCAAUAGUUCUAUAUCAGGAUAUGACUGCUCGAGAUCUAAUACAGCAACGAACAACUUUAGAAAGCGGGGAUACAGUUUGGAAAAACUCACCUCUUGUAAUGGCAGCUCUUGAAGGAAAAAUUGCUUUGUUGGACGGUCUUCAUCGUGUUCACCCAAGUACUUUAUCUGUUCUCCAUAGAUUGGUCCAUGAUAGAGAAUUACAGUUGCAUGAUGGGCAAAGGCUACUUCAUCAUGAUAGAUAUGAUGCUCUUGCAGAAAAAGUUGGAAAAGAUGUCCUCAUGCAAUCUGGAAUUCAUCGAAUCCACCCAGCGUUUAGGAUAAUAGCUCUGGCGGAACCUAAUGCAAUAGAUGCAGCUCCAUGGUUGAAUCCUGAAUUACUAAGUUUAUUCCAGUAUCAUGAAAUGCGACCUUUGAAUGCCGGGGAAGAGGCACAUAUUAUCCGUUCUAUGGUUGGUAAAUUACCUGAUUCAACAUCACGUAUACUCGACUUGACAGAUAGUUUGAGAAAAGGAUCUGAUCCACUUUUAGCGUCUCUUUCUGGAUCGUUCUCUACUCGUCAGCUCAUCAGGAUGGCAAGAAGGGCCACUACAUUUUAUGAGGAAGAUCCUUAUAGCAUAAUACACAAUGCCUGUUUGGCCAAAUUCUUACCUCCUCUUGUCAAGAAAGCUCUGGAAAGUGUUCUUCUUCGAGCGAGAAUCUUGAAACCGAAAACUGAAGCCGAUUUCACUGGUUCAAUCAGGAGAAAUGGUAAUAAUAUCACUAUCGGGCAGACCACUGCUCCAAUUUAUGAAACUUCAGCAACAAGCAAAGUUCCAGAUAUAUUAUUCUACGAUAUUCCUCAGCACGUCAAGCUACUCGAAAGGCUACUGCAAGAUUUUUUGUUAGGAGAACAUCUCCUCCUCGUCGGCAACCAAGGAGUGGGAAAGAAUAAAAUUACUGACAAAUUACUUCAACUUCUCAAUCGCCCUAGAGAGUAUAUCCAGCUCCACAGGGAUACAACCGUUCAAUCGUUAACUUUACAACCCACCGUCAGAGAUGGAGUAGUUAAAUACGAAGAUUCACCUCUGGUCACAGCUGUAAGGACUGGCCAUAUUCUGGUCGUAGAUGAAGCAGACAAGGCACCGACACAUGUCACUUGCAUACUAAAAACGCUUGUCGAAAGUGGUGAAAUGAUUCUAUCUGACGGAAGGAGAAUAGUUAGUAGAUCAGAUCCUAGAGCUAGCAGACCCAACCCUGGAAUUAUUCCUAUGCAUCCAGACUUCAGGAUGAUUGUUUUGGCCAACAGGCCAGGGUUUCCGUUCCUUGGAAACGACUUUUUUGGGGCACUGGGUGAUUUGUUUAGUUGUCAUGCUGUCGACAACCCUAGUAGAGUAUCCGAAAUUCAGCUAUUGCAGAGUUAUGGCCCAGAUGUUGAUAUAGGUGUUAUAAACAAAUUAGUAUCAGCUUUUGGGACAUUGAGAACUAUGGCCGACGAAGGUCUUUUGACCUAUCCUUACUCCACCAGGGAAUUGGUCAAUGUCGUAAAACAUCUUCAGGCAUUUCCUGAGGAUAGUAUAUCAGACACUAUCGGUAAUGUUUUUGAUUUUGACCGAUAUAGCAAAGAUGCAAAGGAGACCCUUAUUGAAGUCUUAUCGAAACAUAAGAUACCUGUGUCUAUGUCUCCAGAUGAAAGGGUUAACACCAGAAAAAAGAUACAAAUGACUGUUGACAGAAACAGUGGCCUUGACAUGUCAGGUCCAAAACAUGGUAAAGUGGAUGAAAAGAAUGAUCCUCAUGUUGGCGGUAAUACUUGGGCAGGUGGUACUGGCGGAAGAGACACUGCCGGGCUUGGUGGAAAAGGAGGGCCUUACAGGCUCGAUGCUGGCCAUGAUGUCCAUCAGCUAAGCGAUGAGGAGAAAGCUGCUGUUCCUGAACAUAUCAGAAAGGCAGCUCGAGAAAUGGGUCUAAAAGCAUUUAAAAAGAAGCUUGAGGAAAUCCAAAUGAGCGAAUUUGAUGCAAGUCUUUAUAAUCAAUUUUUUGAACCAGUCGAAAGACAAGUUCAAGCUCUGAGAGUUAUUUUGACUAGUUUGCAAGCCAAAUCAAAAGAAAGACAAUGGCACAGACAUCAGACUUCAGGAGAGCUUGAUGACACAAAAUUAAUAGAAGGACUGACCGGAGAGAAAAAUAUUUACCGUCGUAGAAGCGAGAAAGAACCUGAACUUGGAGCUCCUCAACAAAAACCAAAAAGGCUUAAGUUGGUUGUUGAUGUUUCUGGAAGUAUGUACAGAUUCAAUGGAUAUGAUGGUCGUUUAGAUAGACAACUCGAAGCAGUUGUGAUGGUUAUGGAAGCUUUUCAAGGUUUCGAAUCUAAAAUUCAAUAUGACAUUGUCGGACAUUCCGGUGAAUCUAUUUGUAUUCCAUUUGUUGAAAAAAAUAAUCACCCAAAAGAUAAUAAUGAAAGGCUACAAAUUUUAAGGGUGAUGCAUGCACACUCGCAAUUCUGCAUGCAAGGAGAUUACACUUUGGAAUCUACUGAAGAAGCUGUGAAAUCACUCGCCAAAGAAGACUGUGAUGAAGCUAUCGUAAUUGUUCUUUCUGAUGCUAACUUAUCGCGUUAUGCUAUUCCAGCCAGACAAUUGGGUGAAGCACUCACUGUGGAUCCAAAAGUAGAAGCUUACGCUAUAUUUAUUGGUUCAUUAGGCAACGAAGCUACCAGCCUUUGCGAAGCCUUACCAGCAGGAAGAGGUUUUACUUGCUUCAAUGUGAAGGAUCUGCCUAAUAUAUUGCAAACGAUAUUCGCAUCGUCCAUGGCGAAAGGUUAUAAAUAAUGCAAUCAAGAAUAUUAACCAACAACUGUUAAAGAGAGCUCUCUUUAUAAUAUAUUGUGAUCUUAGUUUGUAAUGUGAAGUAUUGUUGAUUUUAAACCUUUUUGAUUAUAAUUUCAUUCAUUGUUAUUUAUUUAUUUUUUUAAUAAAAUAUUUUUACUAUAUUA